AUGCCACGAUCGGCGCCACCGCCACCGCCACCGGCCCAGCCUGGCGAAUAUAUACAGACGGCGGCCACGGGCAAUAAGAUAUCAAGGCGCUCGUGCAUUUAUGGUGCAUCCAAGAUUGUGUUGGGCGGCAAGUGCAUCGUGCACACGGGAGCGAUGAUUCGUGGUGACCUCGUGCGUGUGCUGCGUACCCAGGGCUCAUCGUCGUCUGUCGUGAUAGUGACAGGGCGCUACCUGCGCCUGGAGCAAGGCAGUAUACUGCAUCCACCAGCCAAGACAUAUCAGGGUGUUUUUUCCUACUUUCCCAUGCGCAUCGGCGACUAUGUGCGCAUCGGAGCACACUCGAUCGUCGAGGCAGCGCAGAUCGGGAGUCAUGUCGAUAUUGGCGAGCGCUGUAUCAUUGGCCGCUUUUGCGUGAUUCGCGACGGCGCUCAGAUCCUCGAUGGUGCCGUGCUUGCCCCUCAGACUGUGGUUCCCAGUCACUGUAUAUACGGCGGAUCACCAGCGCGUCGUGUCGGCACACUUCCCGAGUCGUUUACGAGCUCCCACGAACUCGAUAGCCGUACGUAUUUCCACGCAUUUCGUCCCCCGCGAUAG